AUGUUUUUUGAAAUAACUGGGAAGAAACGGCAAGUACUGGCUUCAAUGUGUAUAUACAUAGGACAAUUGCUGAUAGGCUUUACAAAUAGCUGGACGGUGCCUAUUUUGCCAAAGUUACAAGAUCCCGAACAAUCGCCGCUUCCAAACUGUCUAACAGAAACCCAGCUUUCUUUAGUUGCAUCUUUGUUAUUCGUGGGAUGCAUCCCAGGUCCAUACAUAAUGGGGUGGCUCUCCAACGUGAAGGGUCGUAAGCCUUGCCUGUUCCUGGGUGGGUUGCUCGCUGCAACAGGCUACGUUGUGUUAGCGACAGCGAAAUCCCUUGCUGUGCUGUAUUGCGGCAGAAUGUUAUCUGGAUUUGGUGCUGGCAUCCUUGCUGUUACGAACGUGGUGUAUAUUGGUGAAAUUGCGUCUACCAACAAUAGAGGCAUUCUCUUGACAGGUGUUGGAAUAACGACAACAUGUGGUUCUGUUAUCGUCUUAACAGCUGGCUACUUUCUGUCUUAUGCGGGAACGACUUUUAUUGGAGCAGGCAUAAGUCUUGCUUUCACAGUAGCAACACUAACUUUACCUGAAACACCAAUAUUUCAUAUGUUGAAAGGUGAUGAGAAAGCAUUAAGAAAAGUUCUCCAAGAAUUAGGAAGAUAUGAUGAUAUAGACACAUUAGUGGAAGCGAAAAAGGAAUCUCGUGAAUUGUCGAACAAAAAAGACUGGCAAGAGCUAUUUUCUAUAAGAAGCAAUAGCAGAGCAUUAUUUAUAGUAGUUGGAAUUAAUAUUUUACAACACUGCAGUGGGAUUGCGCCAAUUUUGUUUUUUGCUUCAAUAAUUUUUGAUAUGGCCGGUUCUAAAAUUGACGCUAGUCUGUCUAUGAUUAUAAUAGCAGAAUUUCAAUUGAUUGGCACUUCUAUUAGUUCUGUACUCAUUGAAAGAGCUGGGAGAAAAAAGUUGCUUAUCAUAUCAAGUGCCAAUUGCUCUUUAAGUAUGUUCUUCCUUGGUCUAUACUUUUAUUUGGAUCACAUAGGAAAUCCCAUUGUAAGUGGUGUGAGAUGGUUACCCCUUGCAAUCUUGAUCGUAUUUUUCAUUGGCUUUGAAUGUGGGCUCGGAAUCAUCCCAAUUGUUCUAAUGGUAGAGAUGUUCACAAGUAAUGUAAGGAGUAAGGGUUCAGCUGUAUGCAUGACCUCGUCAUGGGUAGCCGGCUUCCUCAUCACCACUGCCUUUGGAGCCUUGGUUGAAACGAUCGGUGGACAUAUUGCGUUCUGGUUCUUCUCAGGAACUUGUUUAUGUACCAUAUUAUUUUCAGUAUUUUGCGUUGUGGAGACGAAGGGAAGAAGCUUGUUGGAGAUUCAGGAGAUUUUGAAUAAAAAAUGAGUUCGUAAUA